UCUGAAAUAGCGAAAAAGUCAAAAGUGAAAAGAUCUUGUUGCGAGAACGGUUCUUGCGGAGUACGAUCUGUGACUAAGAAGAGAGGUAAUCUUACUAAAGCUAGACAGCUUGUUGCGCUUGCGCUCUCAUGGGUGAUGAAUCGCCGCGGGCUUUUGCCCGCACCCUCACGAUUUCAAUUCGCGACUAAGGCAGACGGGUUGCGUCGCUAGACGAUUGUCGGACUUUGCCCUCCGCUUACGGUGCGAAACGGUAGUGCCAGUGAGGAGCCGGCAAAGAGAAGGGCAGAGCAUGUCUACUUCGCAUCAGCACUUGCACGAAGACUGCAGCGAUUCUGUAGCGGAAGGACUCGCUUUAGCGACGGAAAUCAUCUUCGGUCCUAAGCAACCAACAGACAGACACGAAGCUAGAAUCUUUGCGAGCGAGUCCAGAUUGGCUGUCUUUCGCGCUUUUCAACACCGAAGGCAGAAUUGCCAACACGUCUAGCGGAAACCGACCACGCGUUUAAGUACGUGUUCUUGUCUCUUUUUCUCUUUUCGUCGGUCGUGCUACUCCUGUCUGACGAAUUGCGGGACGCUUCCCUCAACACAGGAACCCUAGGACCCGGUCUCUACACCGUCGACCACGGAUUCCAUCGCCUCCUGAAAAGCGAAAAACACUUUCAUCGCGGUUUACCUGCCUCGAAGACGAGCGGAACGCGUCUGGAUCUACCGAACAUCUGCUGAAGAAAACGGUUGCUAACGGCUUUCUAAGUCACACCGACAUCGGUAAGACAACAGCUACCUACAGCGCCUACUAAACGCGUUGAAAUAGGAAAAAGGGGCCACAUGCAGAUAAUUUUUUUACAGAAAGAGUCAGAGCUCGCAGUACAACUGAGACCUAGUACCAUCUGAAAGACGACAAGAUGGCGGCUCAAAACAUGGAUUUCCGCGAUAUCCAAAACGCGGUAAGGGAGCUCCCGGAAGAUAUCGAUUUUCCUGCAGUACUCGAAUUGCUUACCUCAAAGCACACAAGUCACGUGGUCGACCGACACAUAAAAGCUGUAUUAAAUUUGAUUUCCUUGAAGAGAUAUGCUACUUGUUUUUAUUUCGGGAAUAGUACUUCCGCAGGUCUUGAAAAAAAUGAAAUUGGAAUCAAGACCAUCUCGUGGUGCUAUGAUUGAGAAAAUCCAUCACGCGCGAGCCAGUAGAAGAAAUCGGAAAUGCUAAAACUUCUUGUCAUCGAUAACGGAUUAGUUAGUAAUCGUGGAUCUUCGAGCGUCUGCGUCUAUCACGUUUCUUGAUAUUUUAUCCUACUGCUGCACCAGCAUUCUCUCGGUCCUACAAACGAACCCAUUGAUAUUUCCACGUCAGGUGGCAAAGAUUUGCAAGCAAUGCGCCAACGGGUUUUUGCUGAAGCACUUGCAAUACCUAGUGGAGCUAGUGGAGGUUUUAGGGCAGAGAUGGAAGAAGGGCCAGCGAGAGUGGUGCGAAGCAAUAUGCGGCGUGGCGAAGAUUGGAGGAAAACCGUUCAGCAGCUGUGCAACCGAGGACCUGCUUCAGUACGGAAAAUGGCUCCCGAGUUUUGUCACAGCCGUCAUCAGCAUAUUGCAAGACGCCCAGCCCACUGCAGACAAUCCGGAUCCACAAAAAGACAUGAUCAGAAUAGAGGUACUACAGUCUUUAUUUACAUCCUUGCUUGAGGUUGAUUGUUCGAGGGCGUGGCCUCUAAGGUGAUCUAAAAAGGACUUACUUAUGAAGUGACAGACGUGAGUGAGGAGACUUUUUCUAGAUAAAGUGAAACGGAAUGUUGAGUCAUGAUUUUUAGACAUGUUCCGUUCAGUAAUUAUCUGGUACUAACAUAAACAAGGGUUUCCACUUGAUCGAUGCGAACAACAACGACAAAAAGCACCCCUCUCCAACAACUUCGCAGAUAGCUUACAUGGUGGCAUCGAUAGCACGAUACGGACUCGAGGAUGAUUGGGUGCAGGAAGGCGCGGAUGACUCCGUUAUUCAAAACGUGGCGUACACAGGCACACCAAGCUUGCGUCUUUUGCAGCAAACGAAUGUUAUAGCUGAAAUCGCGCGCGUUUUUCGCAUAGAACACAGCCCGGAAGCACUCGUCAUCAUGCUGGGUGCUCUCAAAGACAUGAGUCUAUUCCAACCACUGGCAGUGCAAAUUACCAAUUGCGGACUGCUUUCGAAUCUCAUUGCGGUACCACUUCUACUCUCGCUUUAAAUAUAUUUGAAAGAAAUGGAAAUUAUGAGACUUAUGCAAGCAUGACGAGACCAUGUACGUUCCUCUAAUCUUCAUCGUGCAAACCUCACCAACAAUUAUUCAUCGUGAUAUUGAUUACGACGGCGACGGUUGUGAUUAUGACGAUUGUAGUACUAUUAUAAGGGCAAUGAAUAGUUUUGUGGAUUAUACUGAUCCCAUGAGGUAGACAAAAACAGGUAAUCCGAAAUAAUCUAUUGGGGUCCGAUGUGCUGUUGAUAUCUGCGGAGAUUCUAUGGAAUGUCCUAGAACUGGACCGGGAACAUGCGUCUGCCGCACUUGGCGAAACGAAUAUCAUGGAAUCCUUCGUGGUUUUUCUCACAACAGUGUUGCAUGAAGGCUACCGGUACAAGGACAAGAUAUUCCGAAAUGACAUGCUGGCACUUCUAAUCUUAUGAAAUUGCUGACGCUUGCCCUUGCGCUUUGGGCUCUUUGGUCUCGUUAUUUUUGUUUAGCUCCAUUUUCAUUUACUCAUACUUGUUCUUUCAGACAACUUGAUACUAAGGAUUACUUAGAUUUUUUAGAAUAUAGGUAGUCGCAAUGAUUCACAAGAAUUACUAAUCCCUCUUGCACCACGGAACCGUCUAGUAUAGUCUUCAGCUAGUACACGUUCUUACGAAACCUCUAACUGUUUUUAUCCUUGCUCGACCUGAUAAUCACGAUAUAGCGGCGAAAAGCGGGCUCGUGUGUCUCAUUCUGAAGCACGCGGCUGAGGGUCCGAUCAAGGACAUGCUCAUUAGUGGGCGGAUAUUUGAAGAGGAAAUCGAAUCCAUCUCCACGGUGCCAGCAACCAUUUUCUUGCCUCGAAAAUUAUUAUGUGCACCGAAUUCGUCGUCGUCCAUCUCCUAGAAGAAGUACUUAGAAAAGUAAGUUUGACCACGACACGCAGAUUGUAAAGAUAGAGCAGUUCUUCAUCUCGGAUGGGUUUUAUAAAUAUUAUCUUUCAGCUAGAGCGGAAACCAGUAAGUUGAUAUAUUUUUUAGUUGUAGAUGUUCCGCAGCACGUUGUAGCUUUAAAGUUACGAGCAGACUCGGAGGAGAGAAAAGCGCCUAUUCCGCUCACAACGUGCCUGGAGGACAUGGAGUUCAGGAUUUUAACGUGGCGCGCAGUUGCGAAAACUUAUGGCAGGAUUCCUCGAGUCAAGUCCACUUUACCCUCCAUUUUUAGAGCAGAAAUAGUAGCUUCUAUCUCGUCGUCUGUAACUUUUUUUUUGCACUACUUGGAGUUAGAAAAAUGAAAUAGAAAGGCCUUUAUCAUCAUGUGCUACUAGCUUCAAACAGAAAUUACUGUGUGUGCGGCUCCGGAACAAAUAAUUUUAGGGAGAUGAUGCCAAUCUUCUUUGACCGAUCAUGGCUCUAAGAAACCGCGGGGACAUCCCUGUGCGCGGAACUCAUAGAGAAGUUCCUCUUCGUACCGAUGUUGUUGUUACGGCACAGCAUUUUUCUUGUAGCGAAUAAUCAAAGUCAAUCUCAAUAGAUGCUUUUCUAAUUAGUCUCAGGUGAAGAAGAUUACAGCGUUACAUAUCUAUCACCAUUCAACACCAGCUUACUCACAGAGAUUGAAACGCCCACCAUAGUGCUAGUACUACGUGUCUAAUUCAGAGAUACUUGGACGUUGUGAGCCUCGACCCCUUCCAGACACAAUGGUCACCCGAUCAGCGAAAAAAACUCCAACUGGAGGCGAUGCGUGUGCUGUUCCUUGUGGUAACUUUCUAUUUCUUGUCAGACAUGGCUACAAGAAUGUCUAACUAGAUGAUUUGUUCUACUCUGGUAGGUCUUUGUGGUCAUUUUCUGUUGUGUUUUUGAUUGAUCAUCGUGGCUGUGCUGUUCAUGUAUCUCGUGUUUGUUGAUGAUUCUCCAAUGUAUAACGGCAAGAUGUUAUUAAGAUGAUUUGUUUUCCACUGUCAACUUCGAUACGUCACGACAUUGAACUUAUUUCUGUUUCGACAAUUCGAGUAUGAACCAUAUCCGCAUGUGAUACUGAAGGUUUUCUCUCAGGAAGGACCUUUUCACCAAUCCAACGCCUUCAGGUUCCGCAUUGUCCAAGUUCAUACCUAGAGUCGGACGGGAAUGGUGUUGUCGUUAGGCUACUGCAAACGACGCAGGACCGGGAUUUGCAGAAAGCGUGCUUGACAUUGCUACACAGGGCUUGCCUAGCAUCAACGAAGGCUGAUGGUACUUUUUGAAGUUGCAUGAUCAGUUGCAUAAAUUGUAAUUUAAUUUUCAGAGGGAGAUGUGGAGGCCUAAGUAGGCGCAGUGGGAGUACGACUUUCACUUAGAUUUUAAGUACUUACUUAAAAAUCAAGGAAUUAUCACAACAAUUACGAAUCUGGAGGUGCCUUGUCCUGGUUCAGCACUUGGUGCAGAAUACACGUGCUAAUUGAUGAAAUUGAACCUAGUUUGACUAGUGCAACUAGAAUUAGACUACCAACUCUUUUCCAUCGGACGAUAUCCUCUACAUCAUUGUACAUUUUGAUUUUCUACUUGGUAGCAGUACUAGUUGUUACCUCUAAAUAAACAUCAUACCAGGAUUCGAGCAGGUUGACAUCCCGCCAUGCUGUAUGCUGGACGCCUCUCAUUUAGACGUGGUGGACGUUCUACUCGAUAUUUUCGGGAACAGGACCAAUCCUUUCAGUUUAAGGCAGCUAUCCUGCAGUAUUUUGGGAUGCUUGUGCCGACAGGACGAGGCAUACUCGACGAGAUUCCGGAAGGCCAAAGGGGUAUCAUCUUCUACUUACAUCAGGCAAGCUUGCGUCGAGGGGCCAUAAUUCUCGUAAAUUAUACACACUAAAGGUUGAGAUCAGUGAACCGAUUUUGCUUGUUUGUCCUAUCUUAUCAAAUAAGUAACAUUUGUCGAGUCUCAUCUAAAAAGCUCGUCCCGACAUCAACAUGCAUUCCUCGUGCAUAAGUACUGUUACACUCGCUGUAAUUGCAGUAUAACAUCUACUCAUCAAAAACCUGCAGUUAUACUGCCCAUUUAGGCCACCUCGGUGAAGUCUAAAAACUGGAAUUUGCCACUAGCUGAACGCUUGACUAUAAGUUACUUAGGAGCUAGCUAUCUAGAACUUCUACGUAAUACAGUUCCUUAGGUGAUCGAGUAAUGAUCGCAACACGGAGCGUUCGCAGGGCAUGACAUGACAUGUGACACCUAAACCUCCUAACCUUCUCGAUUUUUUUUAUGAGUUAUCAAGUUCCUAUAGGUGGAGACACUCGCGAUCGAAGUGAAGUGGAAUCCGCAAGGCGAGCUGCAAGAUCGUCUUUUCUUCAUGCUACAUGUGGUGGACUGUGUUUGGUGUGCGAUUGUUGGCGACACUCUGAAUUUAAGGGACAAGCACUAUAGAUUCAGUUCCAGCUGUACAUGUAUUAUGUUUUUUUCCGCCUAGUGACGAAGUAACUUAAGAAUUAGAACGGUAUCGAAACUAUCACCCAAUCCACGAAUGCUCAGGGGAAGAUACAUUUAUCGUUAUCAUUCGCAUGAGAAAUGAAGUGUAGCUGUAAGCAUGAAGAAGACGAUACAUCAAUUAGUGAUGGUGCUGAAGUACAUGAACGUCAAAGAAAUUACAACGAGCGCUGUAGAUUAGUUCAUAAAACGAGGAGAAGUUCCUGAAGAAUGCUGGACUUUUUGCCCUGCUCGAUGCGUUGGAGUCGGCACCAGUAAUGCUGCGCAGGCACAUCAUUUAUGGGCAAAUGUUUUUCACUUCUUCUUUAUGGAGGAGCGAGUAGACUUGACUAAUUAGAAUGCAUCUAUACCUUCCGUCUAAAGAGGUCUUGUAGACUUUCUCACUUAGUUAAGUGCAAUAAACUUUUUUUCAAGACUGACAAUCGCUAGUAAGUAUCGCAUUCGCUACUUUUUUGAGACGAGAAGUAGCCGGUAGUACGCAUUACGCUGCCCCUGCCGUCGCUGAUGGAGAAAUGGAAUCGAAAUCCAGCAUCAGCAGAAUACGUAAGAAACGCAGUAAAAGUACAAAAAGUACAAUGAACCUCUAAGCUGUGGGUUGCAUUGCGGAUCUAGUGCAAAACCCGAAUGCCGCGAGCCUCUUCGUGCAGUGGAACAGUAGUAAGUAUGAAGACAGGACGAGUUCUACUCAUCUUGAUUGUAUUUCCUCGUUGUACUACCUCAAGCUCCACCGCUCCGUAGAAAUAGUAAUAGAUAGAUAUCACAGGCUAGCGCAGGGAUGACGACAUCCCUGCGCUGCUGUUAAGUUUAUUAAGUGCGAUCGGUUUGUCUCGUAUAAGAUGAAGGAGUCGAAAAAGAUGAUGAGAGUGGAGAACUAUUAGACCAAGGGGGUAAGCUAGAGAGUAGAGGAAAGAGGUAGAACGGAAAAACCGACUAUGCUAAAUAGCUUAGCAGAGCACUGAGGAAAGAACUGCGGAAAAAGUGCGACGCUGCCGAUAGCUGAGCUCGAUAGUUCGGGAAAAAUGCGCGCCAUUUUUACACGCUGAGCCCUUAUUUUGCAUUUCACUGCAGCCAAGCGGAAGGCGAUAGAGAUUGGCAGACGCCUGCGCCGCACCAUGUGACAAAACGACAACUGAGCGCCGAUAAGAAAAGCCACAGCGGUGCGCGUUUUUUUCUAGCUGCUUAACCCUUUCGGGGUCGUUUCUAGCUGUUACAGAAGACGCCCGAAGAUGAUUACGAAACUGAAGCGAUAGAGAGCCGCCCCCACUUCUUUUUUAGCAAGUGCGCGCCGCUUUUGCGGUUAUUGUCUGACCCACGCCGCAGCUGUUUAGCGAAAAUAUAACGCACGACGUUCGAAGCAAGUUACUCCAUAGCAAAAGCGAGCGCAUCGCAUCGCUUGACAGACAUGGGCCAACUCACUACGGUGCACACUGGACCAGGACCGCCGAACAUUAAGGAAAUCGAGCGCAUGGCGAGCAGAAACGCUCGCCGUUUUGCUAUGCUUUACGGUGGUCGCCAUUAUCGGCGAAACUGGUGCGGUCUGAAGAUAUUGCAAACAUCACAAAAAGAACCGCAAUCACCUGACCCAGCGCCACCGUCCGAGUUUGGGCCUGUGCCUUCUUCAGAAUGUGGACCAGAAGCAGCAGAGUAGUUCUUAGACCGGCAAAGCCGAAGAUAUUGCAGAGCUUUGCGCGCAGAAUAGUUGAAACUUGCCCGGGAGAGGUUGCUAGGUCUGAAGUUAGUACUGAAGAACCUCGCCGGUUCUUUCUAAGGCUCGCCCUGACUCUUCGAGGCUUUUAGUAUCUUACCCGCUGCGCCUUCAGCUUCUCGCUCUCCAGCCCAAUACCCAUCAGCAGCGCAGCCUGGUAAGGUGUUAAAACCCAGCCGACGGCCUUGGAUGACGUCGCAGAGCAUUCGAGGCGCCCACCUUUGAAAACUGGCGCGACGGGUACCGCCCCCACGAAGCACCCGCGGCGUCUUGUCCUACGAUGGCACAUCUUUUGCGCAAUCUGCUUGGUUUCGAUUGCUCCAUAGAAAGGCCGCAAUCUUAUGAGAAAGCCCCGACAUGCUUCACACGCACUAUCAUGCGCCGCGUUUUUCUUUGUGCAGGUUUUUGGUGCUCGGGCUUUUAACUUUUUGCAGCGGCGCGGGGUUUUUUCUAUGGUUUUGCUAGUUCUGUCGUGCUUGACAUUGUUCGCCAGGCGCUUUAGAUGUUUCUGAGGAAGCGGCGCGAAGUAUUUUCUUCAUGUUGUCUGGUGGCAGUGCGCUGCUGUGCCCAUUUCAAACGCCGCGAGGUGAAUGCCCUUCCUUCGUCAGCUGUUGGAGUAGGCGUCGCAGCAGUUGCAAACUCCUGCGCCCCCAAGUCAGUCACAAACGCAUCAGCCUGGCAAGUCCCGAACAAGCGCGCCAGCUGUGUAACGGCAUUCCACGGCCGCGCUCUGCUGAAGAGCUUGGCUGCUGCUGUAGCUGCAUCUCCAAACUUCUCCGACUUUCAUGCUUGCCCUGCUUUAGUGGAAAGGCCGCCGAUCGAAAUAGUGAGAGACUUGUAAGCCUGCUCCCGUUCAUUCCGGACGCUGAACGCUUUCGGAAACUGUUCGGCGUGCACAGUAAGAACCUCUGGCGCCAGCGGGUAUUUCUCCUGCCGUAUCUCGCAGAUUGUGAAGAAAACCAGAGGCCAGCUAUGUCGGUGCAAUUGUGUCGAUUUCGCGAGCAGUUUGCAUUUCUAGCCGUUGUGUUUAGUGCCUCGCUCUGCUGGGUUCAUUGACUGGCGAGGAGCUAACGAGCUUGAGCGUAUGGGGAGAAGUUACUAACAAAGGAAAGCUGCUCGCUCACAUAAUGGCGAGAAGUAGGCGCACGAAGUCGACGCCUUAGCCAGUUGCGCCGUGGUUCUAUAUUCACACUCUCCCCGGUUUGGCAAUGCUCUGCAAAGACAGCAAGCGAAGCGCCUAAAUGCGUGAGGGUGGCGCCUUUGUUGAUUAUUCUAUAACUCAUAGGUGACACGUUUCUGGUUGUUGACUGUGAGCAUGAGAGCAAAGCUGGCUAGAGGCUCACUAAGUUACUGGGCCAAGGAGUGCGCAGACUUAGAGGCAAAGCGAAGACUGUAAAAAAAGAGCAGCGGGAGACUAUGCGCUGCGCCCCAUUUUGCUGAAGUUGGAGGACACUGAUAAGAGAAGGAGGGGGCCAAGCUCUUUGGCAAGUUAUUAAGUCAAGCGGUGGCGUCAGUCAGUGGGUGAAACUUGGCUAAUUAAUGACAUGCAUCCAAAAAAAAGCAGCGACGUCAGUACUGCUGCAUUUUAUGGAAGCCAGGCGCUCCUCUGGUUAUGAUCUCGGCGGGCCACAGUUGAAGACUCAGAACACAACGCAAAUAGAUAUCGAGCGAAAAACUACACUCACGCUCAGACUUUUAAGAAAUUAAAGUCUAACUUUUUCAAAGUCUGAGCCUGGGGGCAAUCUCUUGCCCGAUUUCAUGGAAAGAAUAGCGAACGCUAUGACACACAUUUCGGCAGUGUAUUGCCUCAAGACAUUCACAAGAUUCGUGGGGCCUGAGGCUGGCCAGUGGCGUCAUACGUCUAGGAAAUUUGCGCCAUCUUCUGGCAAUUAAUUUAAAAAGUGCGCUGAUGCCAUCCCGAAGAGCCGUGCCUAUCAAAGUAAGCGAGCCGUCUUCUCUUCAAUAAAAGAAUAAGCGCCGGCUUUUCUCAGUCGUGAUGCGAAAUGAAGACUCUGCUACUGCGGCAGUUUUGUGAGUGCUGAUCUGCGAAAGUUUCUUAUCUUUGUUGCGUUUAUGAUCAAAAAAAAUGUUGACGGGUUGGAUGGCGCAGAGACAAAGACAGAGACGGGCCCUAGAUAAUCUGACUUCGUAACGACUCGCUCAUCGUCGUUUUCCUUUGUCUCUUAUCUUUGUCUUUUACCUUUGUCAAAGCCUCAAAAGUCUCUCCGUCUAGGCCCAUCUUUUGGCCAAGAUAUGAAGGAAAAAGAUGCAGUAUAAAGUGGCGCAAGAUAGAAAAAUGACGAACGUCGGACUUCAUUCUAGCUUAUACGAGAUACUAUUACAAAGAUUUAUAAGGUGGCCUUUGUUUCGACAAGACCUUGGGAAGAACGUCACCUCCAACUCUACAUUUCUCGUGUCUUGUGAGGGUUACUCUAAGACAAUCCUGAGAAUUUCAGUCAUAGACAUCACGCAGAGGUUUGUUAGCUGCAGUAGUUACACUUUCUUACACUUAAUCAAUCUUAAUUCACGGUCAUUGUUUCUUUCAUAGUAGGAGCAUGAAGGGUGGGCUGAAGAUUCUGUUGGAGAUCUGGGGUGAGGAGCAGAGCAUCGCGGAAGCGGUUACAAAAGAGGGUGUGUUGCAGAACCUAGACUUCCCGCUGAAUCCAAAGCAUGACCCCUUAGCAGCACCGCCACCGCCACCGCAAGAGCCAGGAGUCGCGAUGGAAGUAGGUAACAAGAGCUAUAUACUUUUACAUCUCUUUGUGGUGUUAUUAUUUGUUCAGAACGUACACGUCGCAGAGUCUAUUUCACCAUAUAUCUCACCGUUGUGCUGAAGGAUCUUCUUCCUCCACAAUCGACCCAGUAACCUAAGUUAACCUUCCUCUUUCUUCACCUAUCACGCACCAGACGGCGGCACUGCAGCAACAGCAGCAACAGCUAAAGCUGAGGAUCUGUCGAUUCACAAGUUACAGAACCCAGCGAGUAGUACCAAGGUCCUCGACCUUGCGGCGAAAGUAGACCAAGACUCGCGGCCAAAAAUAUACGCGAUUCUGUCCAAAAUCGGUUUCGAGAAGAACGAAACACUCACUAUGGAGGAAAGGCAGGCCUUAGAAUUGCUCAGGUAUUCAUGAUUGGUGCUACAAUAACAAUUCUUUUUCGUUACGAGGUGUAGUAGGUUCUUUUUUCUUAUAACGAGGUGGCUCUACUCCACACUUCUGCUUGUAGGGUUCCUCAGCGCAGUGCGAUUGAAGAUUCAUGUUCUGCAGAGGGGUUGUCGUAAUAGCAUCAGAUGACUUUAAUAGUGGUCCGCAGCUCCCGACGAGAACCUACGGAUCACACUGCAGUAGAGAGCCUUCUCGUUUGCUAUACAAUGACAAUAACUAGAAAUUGAAAUCAAACUUGAACUAUUACAUCAGGUUACUACCGGAAUGCUUAGUGCUUGAGCAACUGCGACAAGUAGAGUGGAACCUACAGGACUUUAGGCUGCUGGCGCAGGAUCAGAAGUGGCUUGACGAGAUGAUCUCCGAACAGCGAACGCGGACUGUUAAGAACGAUGACUUUAAAGAAAUUUGUAUAAAUAAAUCAAUGCUGAGAGUUUUAAGAAGUAGAUCCAUGAUCAUUCGUUACCACCCGUUUCCGCUGUCAAGGGUAGCUAAAAGAUAUUUUUUCUCAGACUCGGACUAGCACUAGUACAAACAUUGUUCAUCGAUGGUCUUAGAAUAUCACUCCCAAGUAGAUCUAGAUUAGGAAGAAAAGGGGCGGACAAGCAGUUGAGCGUGGUCUUGAAGCGACAUUCAUUACAUUGAUUAGAAUCAACUUGAAGCUUCUUCUAUUUCUAACAUAGAAUGGAUCCAAAAUGUGCAGAGGCAGCUCUUUGAGGAGUUCCAGACCCAGGAAGUGGCGGACCUGCAACGCUAUUUCGACGACAUCCGAAAUAGGAUACAAGUUGUUGGCAUUAUGGCAUGAUCUCAGGACAUUUCAUAUCUACUCCAUCAUACAUAUGUUUAUCCACCAUGAAAGUGUGCAGUUGGUUCGGGCUCUGUCUAAAAAUUCAUUUUGAUUUGUGGAUCAUUUUGAUUUUCGUUUGUGGGCGUAUGCAGUGGUGCAUCUUUUUUAAGAAGACAUUGAUUUAUCUUGAAUAAAGUCCCGAGGCACCUCUCUUGUGGCCGGAGCGGACUUUAUUGGAAGACAACGCGAGUCUCGAUUAAAUGUGUAAGUAAGUCGGUCAAGUUGGCACACGGGGAACGAGAAACAGAUAUGAAAUUUUACAGGCUCUAAGAAACGGUGA